AUGGCCGAACACCUCACUCAAGACCAAAUCGCCCAGUUCAAAGAGGUCUUUGCUGUCUUUGAUAAAGAUGGCACAGGCGACAUCACCGCCACGGAACUCGGCGAGGUGAUGCGCUCCCUCGGACAGAACCCCACCGACACCGAGCUGCAGGAUAUCGUCGACGAGCUGGACGUUGACAGGACGGGGACGAUUGAUUUUGACGAAUUCCUAAUCCUCAUGUCCCGCAAAGUCAAAGACAGCGACCCGGAAGCCGAGCUGCGCGAAGCAUUCGCCGUCUUCGACCAGGACAAGAGCGGGACGAUUAGCGCCGACGAGCUGCGGCGGGUCCUGCGCUCGAUCGGCGACGAUGUCUCGGACGCGGAUGUCGAUGAGAUGCUCCGCAUGGCGGAUGUCAAUGGGGAUGGGAGUAUUGAUUAUGAGGAGUUUGUGCGGUUGAUGAUGCAGGAUUAGGGAGACGGAGGGGUUGGGAGGUUCGAUUUGGGUAGGUGGAGGGGAUUUACGGAGUAUACUUGGUACAUCUAGUAUCAGUAGCUCUUCAAUAUCCCGAGGUCUGGGUGUCGACUCAUGUUUUUCGAGAAAACGGCAAAUGCUAUUUUCGCACCCGAAAGGCUCGGAGACGACC